UCAUCAUCAUGGAAAAGUUUGGGUCGCAGGGAAUCCUUAUUGUUUACAUCCUUCCAGCUCGUACGCUUGGGGCGGGCGGGAUCCACCCUCAUUCUUUAGAGUUUACGUCAUUGUUACUGUGUUUUUUGUGAAUGAAAGAAUCCAACCCCACAGAACAGAUUAAUUCCGGGAAAAGACGAACUGACAUUUUGUCGCUUGAUUCGCUUCGACUGAACACAGUAUUUUACGUUUCUCCGUGUUUAAAUUUUAUUUAUUUAUACAAUUGUGUCGACAACUGAAGGACUGGCAGCUGGUACUCUCCAACGACAUAGCCAAGGACAAAUCGUCUAUAAAUCUGUGUUUACUGGUGUCAGAGACACAGGAUAACGCCAGACCAUGACAUCAGAAAGAAGCAGCAAAGCCCUGAAGGUGAAGCGGGAGUGUGGUGAGAACGUUCCGGUGUUGUCGGACAGCGAGCUCAUGUCCCUGUCUGUACGGGAGCUCAACCUGCACCUACGGGGUCUAUCCCGCGAGGAGGUCCAGAAGCUCAAGCAGCGCCGGCGUACCCUGAAGAACCGCGGCUACGCGGCCAGCUGCCGGGUGAAGCGCGUGUCCCAGCGCGAGGCCCUGGAGCAGCAAAAGAAGGAGCUCCAGAGGGAGGUGGAGAGGCUGGGGGUGGAGAACGCAGGGAUGAGGAGAGAGCUGGAGGGCCUGGGGGCCAGGCUGGCAGCCCUGCAGAGGUUCGCCCGUGGGUUAGAGUCUGGAGGGGGCAACCUCCUGGCUACGGCCCCACGCCUCAACACAGCUUCGGUCAUUACCAUAGUGAAGACCCCACCACAGGCCCACGUCCAGAGAGAGCAGGGGGGGUCCUAGGAGGAACCGACCGGGCUGGGGAGGGACUCAUGCACGCACAUACACUCUCAUAUACACGCACACAGGCAGACACAUGGAAAGCCCAUGAGGAUUGGAGGAACACAAAUAAAUAGGCACUUAUGAAACUCAUGCACUUAGGAUGAUACACAUACACUCGCACACCAGGGUUUCCGUUAGGAAAAUGUGGCGUCGGACAUUUGACCGGAAGCAUUUUAAUUUACCGGACAUUUAAGACAUUUACCGGACCCAUAUGCAUUGGGUGUGUAACCUGAUUUGGGCGUCCACCCACAGUGCUCAGAAUUACAGAAAUCACAUUUAGAUUAUGGUCAUUCAUUUUAACAGGACAUGCAACUCGAGGAUGCAACGAUGUGAAUCCUUCAUACCGAAUUUCGAUGCGCAAUUUGAAGAUGUUAGAAUAACUGUCCACAUUUACUUUUCCUCAGCCAACAAGAUGAGUAAUGAACAUAGCCUAUGUC